CAGAGAGUUUGAGCUUCUGUGAAGUAUCGACUCGGAUCAAAGAAGGUUUUGUUUGCUUUUAUUAUUUUUAUGGCGUUUACGAUGUCCUGCCGUAAAUACAUCGCCCCUCUAGUGUUCUGUGCCCAAGUGGCCAGCUCGUUUUUUGACACCGCUCUCCAAAUGAUCGUUAAAGAACGAUACGCAAACGCCACCGACUGGGACAGCGAGCAGAAAGCCAUCACAAACUUCAACAUGACCUUCAACAUGGUGCUCAAAUUCAUGCCGAUUGUGCCAGCGAUCCUUUUGGCAAAGGUUGGAGACAAAGGUUACAGGAAAGUGCCAAUAGUUGUUCCUCUGGUUGGUUACUUUCUGUCCAGAGGUUUGCUCUUGCUGGAUAUCGUGCUGGAAUGGCCUGUCCAGGUGCUGUACGCGGUGCCCGUGAUCCAUGGACUGUGUGGCGGAUUUGCAUCGUACUGGGCAGGUGUGAUGGCGCUGGUGUCGGUGUGCUCCGGUGAGGAGGAGCGGUCCGUGCGCAUCAUGAGAACCGAGCUGGUGUAUGGAGUCGCCGGGUUCAUUGGUAGUUUGGGUUCUGGUCACUUAUUUAACCUCUAUACCGUAGGUCUCCAACAAGGAGCCAUUUUAUCUAGUUUGUGUGUGCUACUGUAUUUCCUCUGCCUGCUCUAUGCCGCAUUUUUCCUGCGGGUCGAUCUUUUCUCAGAGCUUGCAGAGAGGCAGGAGCGACGGGAAAGUGUUGGGAUCAUAAACCAGGAAGCCCAUGAUAAAAUAAACAUCGCUUUGCUCUUCGUCAGUGGGAUUUUGUAUGAUAUAGCAGUGGCUGGAGGAAUGGAGAUGUUGGUAGCUUAUGUGCUCAAAUACCCCCUCAACUGGGGCGCAACCGAGGUGGGUUAUGGAAACGCGGCUGGAUCCCUUCUCUUCAUCACCAGUUUUUUGGGUGUGAAGAUGUUCACAAAAUGUUCAGUUAGAGAUGAGAGCAUGGUCAUGAUCGGGAUGGUGUCUUUCGCAGCUGGGAUUUAUUUCAUGGCAUUUGUGACCACAACUCCGAUGUACUUUUUGGCUCGCUCUAUCACUCUGUUUGCUCUGAUUCCAAUGCCCACCAUUCGCUCGCUGCUGUCCAAACAGGUCAGGGGAACCUCAUAUGGUCUCCAACAAGGAGCCAUUUUAUCUAGUUUGUGUGUGCUACUGUAUUUCCUCUGCCUGCUCUAUGCCGCAUUUUUCCUGCGGGUCGAUCUUUUCUCAGAGCUUGCAGAGAGGCAGGAGCGACGGGAAAGUGUUGGGAUCAUAAACCAGGAAGCCCAUGAUAAAAUAAACAUCGCUUUGCUCUUCGUCAGUGGGAUUUUGUAUGAUAUAGCAGUGGCUGGAGGAAUGGAGAUGUUGGUAGCUUAUGUGCUCAAAUACCCCCUCAACUGGGGCGCAACCGAGGUGGGUUAUGGAAACGCGGCUGGAUCCCUUCUCUUCAUCACCAGUUUUUUGGGUGUGAAGAUGUUCACAAAAUGUUCAGUUAGAGAUGAGAGCAUGGUCAUGAUCGGGAUGGUGUCUUUCGCAGCUGGGAUUUAUUUCAUGGCAUUUGUGACCACAACUCCGAUGUACUUUUUGGCUCGCUCUAUCACUCUGUUUGCUCUGAUUCCAAUGCCCACCAUUCGCUCGCUGCUGUCCAAACAGGUCAGGGGAACCUCAUAUGGCAUUACCUUUGUCAUGCUCCAGUUGUCCUUCAAACUUGCAAGCUUGGUCACCACACCCAUCUACACUGAGAUCUAUCAGGCCACACUUAACACCUUCCCAGGGUUUGUCUUCAUACUGUCCAGCAUCUUCACUGUUCUUUCUAUGAUACCCAUUAGGUAA